UUAGUUAUUUAGUGCUGGAUAAUUAUUGUCAGCAAUCGAACUUUGAACUUGACACUUAUGUUGAAACCACCACGGCAUAGAAAAUUUUGCGCACAAUGUCAAAGCCAGAUGGAUUUCACGUUGUCACGCCACUCCUCGAGAGCACAGGCAUGUCUAAGCGAAUGGGGAGUUCCGUGUAUUUGAAGAUGGAGAGCUCACAGUCCACCGGUUCCUUCAAAAUCCGUGGAAUAGGCCACAUUUGUCAAACUAUUGCAAGUUCCACCAAGUCAAACGGUGUGGUUUGUUCUUCUGGUGGUAAUGCUGGGAUGGCCACAGCAUAUGUAGCAAGAAAACUCAACCUUCCAGCCACCAUUGUUUUGCCCUCUACAACACCCCAACUGGUAGUGCAGAAACUGAAGGACCAGGGAGCUACAGUCAAAGUUGCGGGCAAGGUUUGGGAUGAUGCAAAUGCUGAGGCCCACCGAUUGGCUGAAAGUGAAGGUCUUACUAUCAUACCACCAUUCGACCAUCCGCUAAUCUGGAAAGGUCAUACCAGUAUCAUUCAUGAACUCAAGGCCUCUUUGACAACCAAACCAGGAGCUAUAGUGUUGUCCGUUGGGGGUGGAGGUCUGUUUUGUGGGGUGAUGCAGGGUUUGGAUGAGGUGGGCUGGGGCAGUGUGCCUGUCCUCUGUAUGGAGACUGUUGGUGCAGACUGUCUCAAUGCUGCCCUGAAAGCCGGAGAGCUGGUUACAUUGCCAGACAUUACAAGUGAAGCAACGUGUCUGGGAGCAAAGACAGCAUGCAGACAGGCGUUUGAAUACAGCAAACGGCCCACAGUCAUUUCAGAGGUGGUGACAGAUCUACAGGCUCUGGAGGCAAUGGAACUGUUCCUGGAUGAGGAGCGUGUGUUGGUGGAGUUAGCCUGCGGAGCUGCACUGGCUGCAGUGUACAGUGGUGUUAUCCAAAGGCUACAGGAGAAGGAACGCCUUCCUAAACCUCUCGGCCCACUGGUGAUAAUAGUUUGUGGAGGUGGCAGUGUAAACUGGGCUCAGCUUCUACACUUACAGGCAGUCAUACGGAAAUGAUCAGAACUGAAAAGAUCCCUACAGUCCACUGCAUAUGAAGUUUCUUCAAUUUGUGAAAGCUAAUAUUUUAAAAAUUGUCAUUGCAAAUGCUAUAGCUUGCAGAGUCAUGAGAUGAUGUGGACAUUCUGUUGUAUUUCUGUGAUUAAAUACUAAAAGUAUUUACAAAAGUAUUUAUGCAUUUGCAUUUAUGCAUUUGGCAGACGCUUUUAUCCAAAGCGACUUACAGUGCACUUAUUACAGGGACAAUCCCCCCGGAGCAACCUGGAGUUAAGUGCCUUGCUCAAGGACACAAUGGUGGUGGCCGUGGGGUUUGAACCAACAACCUUCUGAUUACCAGUUAUGUGCGUUAGACCACUAAGCCACCACCAAAGUAGAUGCUAUAAACCAAAGUACCACCAAAGUAGAUGCCAAACUAUAGAAUAAGAAAGAAUAUUCAGGAAAACAUAUUUGGAUUCUCUUCUGUAACAGUCUCCUUUAGUGAAAUAUUGUUUGUGCAAUAAAAUCAUAUC